ACACCCUGUAUAUUCAUGCAACAAGUAAAUACAUUGCCAUUUAUGACAUCAGUUUUUCAUAUUGUUUCGUUUUACUUUUUCACAACUUAAAACUGAACGCCUCCUGUAUAACCUCCAUCAGUCAGCCGCACACAGAAAAUCUAGUUCAUGCAUGCGCAGAAUGCGCAUCACCAGUUGAACGUCCUUCGACUUCCUCCCCACGUUUACCCCCCAAUUGUCGGCAAGGGUAGUGAAAACAUAGAAGUUUUUUAAUUGAGUGCUAAUAUUGAGUGACGAGCUACAAAGUUGGUGCAGACAAAUCAAGAAUCCCUCGAUCUCGACCACAAUGCAGAGGACGCGUUUGAUACAAACAAACGAAGCGUAGGCGCAGUCAGUAAAAAUCGAUCCGGAGUGCCGUUUGCAUUGUACACAAAGAUCAAAAAUGAACAGCAACCUGUCUCCGCGGCCCAAGAAGCGAAAGCAGCAGCAGCAGCACCAGGACGAGAUGAAGGAGCAAAUUGUGGCACAAGUGCACAAGCCAGUAUUUUCCAACACGAGCAGCGACAACGACUACGGCAGUAUCCAGAGCGCCAAUUCCGAGGACAAUUUGGAAUCCAACAGGACCUACACCAAGUUCGAGGAAGGGAGAAACGACAUGACUUUUACGAAACACGAUAUCAUGACAUACGAGGAUAAAAAUGAAAACAUUAGCAUGCACACGCCGAGUAGAGAAAUAUCCGUGGACGGAGAGAGCCAGAUCAACUCGAAGAUUUUGUCUCUUAUCGAGACGGAAAUGAGGAGGGACAUCAACAAACAUUCCCAUUUCACGGAUUCCAGACCUCAGAGCCUCAGUUUCUAUGAAGACGAGAAGGUACCAGAAGAGUUAUCAGGAAACUUAGAACUACUAAGCCCAGAGGAACGCAAACAUUACAAAAGAAGAAAAGAAUACAACACGCAAAUGGACACGGACGAGAUGAACGCUUACAACUCCUUACAGGACGUCCACAAUGGGAGGGAUAUUUCCGAAGAUAUCAUGACUUCUUCAAUAAAGAAAACGAAAUCGAAAAAGAAGAGACACGGCGGAGAUGGUGAUCUAGGUAUGGGUGACAGCAGGGAGAUGAUGAUACCCAAAGAACGGAAGAAAAGCAAAAAGAAGAAACGAGAUACCUCGCCAGUAGCUUCUAAAGACACUAAACGCAAACAUAAAAAACGAGAAGAUGCCGACUAUGACCUUCGCACGGAAAUCGCGGUUGCCUUGGAAGAACUUCAAGAUGACGUUUUUGACAAUAGCGCGGAAUCAGUAGGAGGCGCGAGACCUGACAAAAUGAAGAACAAAAGCCCCAGGAAAUCGGACAAGCUCUACAUACAGAAGAAAAAUAAGUUCGAGGUCAGCACCAAACCGACAGGCAACCAGUACCUCAACAGGCAAGGCGCACAGGAAAUUGUAGAAGAUGGAAAGUUCACAAAGAGAUGCUCAAUAUAUCCCCUCGAAGUAGCGAUAAUUUUUCAAAGGUGGUGGAUGCGCUUGUCUACGCUCUGUCAUGGUCUUCUGGGGGGGCUCGCUUUGGGCCACUGGCUCUAUUUGGUAUGCAAUUUCGAUCGACAAGACAGCAGCUUCCUCCUUCACUAUGCCUAUUACAGUGAUAUUUACGUUGGUCUUUUUUUUGCCCUAUGUGUUUUAUGCAUAGUCUCAGUUCUUGACAGAAUUGAUAUCGGACAUCUCGAGAAAAAUUGCACCAAGGAACUGUGGAAACAAAAAAGGUGCUCAUUCGUGCUAGUCGUCUACGUCAGUUGUCUGAUGGUUCAUCUGUCGACGGCCAAUUUCGACGACAAGUUGACGCUGAUGUCCUACAGGAGAAAUAUUAACGAUACAAUUAUGGUGACGAAUAUGACGAGAAGCGAAUUGAGAACAUGGAACCACCUGUCUUUAUGGCGAGCCCUGUUGGCGUUCACCGCUUGGAUUUUCCUAGGCUUGGGACCACCUGAAGACAUGCUCUACCACCACCUCAAGAAUUUAGAAGCAUAUCUUCCAAAUAAAUGAUGACUGUCUACACCAUAAUCGAAAUUGACUAAUUUGUGAUAAAAAAACGCAUCUUUUCGCUAAGACUGUUGAUCUUCAAAUAAUAAUAAAUUUAUGAGUUAUAAUUUGUCUUUUUCUAGUGAAAAUAAAGAAACAUAAAGUGAU